AUGGGACGAUCACUUCUUCUCCCUCUGCUCUCUCUGCUCUGCCUCUCCUUCCUCAAAGGAGCACGGCCUGCCACGUUCAUGGUGACGAACAGCUGCGGCUACACUGUGUGGCCCGGCAUCCUCUCCAACGCCGGCGUGGCACCGCCGUCCACCACUGGAUUCAUGCUCUCCCCGGGCGAGUCCCGCGCCGUGGCCGUAGCCGAUGGCUGGUCCGGCCGCAUGUGGGGCCGCACACUCUGCGAACAGGGCUCCUCUGGCGCCGGCUUCGCCUGCACUACCGGUGACUGCGGCACGGGCACAGUCGAGUGCUCCGGCCGCGGUGCUGCCCCGCCGGCCACGCUGGCCGAGUUCACGCUCGCUUCCGUCGGAGGCGACGACUUCUACGACGUGAGCCUCGUCGACGGCUUCAACGUGCCGGUGCUGGUCGCGCCGGCGAACGGGAGCUGCCCGACCACAGACUGCCCCGCCGACAUGAACGCGCAGUGCCCGCCGGAGCUGCGUGUCGUCGUGGCCGGCGCGGCGGUGGCGUGCCGGAGCGCGUGCGAGGCGUUCGGGACGGAGGCGUACUGCUGCAGCGGCGCGCACGGGACCCCGGCGACGUGCGCGCCCACGGCCUACUCAAGGCUGUUUAAGGCCGCGUGCCCGCGCGCCUACAGCUACGCCUACGACGACGCGACGUCCACGUUCACCUGUGCCGGCGGCAGUGCCGGCUACGGCGUCGUGUUCUGCCCCGCCGGCGGGUCGAGGUACGCUCGUUGGAUCAUUGUUGUUGGACGUGCUCGGCACGUCGUGGCUAUUUGGCAUUUCGAUCGCUUCUUUUUGUGGACGUGCGCAUGUGGACAGCGUAGAAUGCAUCAUGCACAACUUGACACGAAUUAUAUUACGUGGGAACCAGGCGUCGCCACCGACAAGUGCCGCCUACCCACCAAUGGUGUUCUCGUCUGGGGGCGCAGAUCCGGCGACAAUCACCCUCCUUCCUCUCCUCAUGGCCAUCUUUCAAGUGAUGUCGAUGCAGUGAACAGGGUGAUCCCAAACAUUCAGCAAAAUUUGCUGGAGGACGGGCCCGGGCUCGACUACACAAGAUUAAUUGACAGCGGGUAG